GAACCCAGGAGCUGAGCUAAACCCGGGAUACUGAUCUGUCCGGGAUAAGAAAAGAACAUGGAUAACGAUAAUACUAUUACGAGGUUAAUCCUACAUGGGAUUAAUCUAGCCAAGGAGCUGGAAGCCGAUCUUCCUAACCUAGCCAGCCAGCCGCCGGAAGCCGUUUCCGCGAGCUGCGAGGAGAUCAUUAGGGUUUUUACUAGCGUGAGGGAGAGGCUAGCGCCGCCGCAGCCGCCGCCGUCGAGUUUGCAGCCGUAUAGCUUGGCUAUGAUCCAGGAGGCGCCGCCGCAGCAGCCGAGGCAGCCAGCCGGCGCCGGUCAAGCACUUGACUUGUUUCAUCAGGUGUCCGGCGGCGAGCAGGCGGCGGCUGGCGGGAGCGGAGCCGACGUGGCGGAGCCGAGCCGCCGGAGAAGGAUGGAAGAAGCAGACAGAACUACUGUAUAUGUACUUGCUCCUCAAAUGGGAAAUCUUGACAUGCCUCCUGAGGAUGGCUAUACAUGGAGGAAAUAUGGUCAGAAAGACAUUCUGGGUUCUAGAUUCCCGAGGGCGUAUUAUAGAUGUACCCAUCAAAAACUGUACAGCUGUCCAGCCAAGAAACAAGUGCAACGCCUUGACAACAAUCCACAAAUGUUGAAAGUGACGUAUCGGUACCACCACACGUGUCACAUGUCGGCCACGGCGCCCUCGGCGGCGCCAGCUGGGGACGUAAUUCAACCGCCAGGAACAACCACCCAUCCGCCGCCGCAGCCGGCGGCAGGUGGCGGAGGCGGCGGCAGCUACUGGCUCUCCAUGGAUAUCAGGCCAAUAACAUCGGAAGGCGGCGUGCAAAUGCAGACUGAAUUUGCCAGCACUAGCGGCGGCGGCGGCGCGGGGCCGUCGGGCUCCGGUAGGUACGGGCGGGAGGCGGCGGAUUUCGGGGGGCAGGCGGUGGUGGAUAUGGCGGAUGCGAUGUUUAACUCCGGGAGUAGCGGUGGUAACAAUAGUAUGGAUUUCAUCUUCCAUACUAUGGAUGAAAAUUGAUGAGAAGUUAUUUAAUUACAAUAUAAUUCUGAUAUAUAAUUAUUAUACUGUUUGACUUUUCUAAUACUUCAGUUUGAGCGUUUUAACGUGCGACGGAAGUACGUAACCGGCGAACAGUCAACAGUUUGAUCAAACAGAAAAAAGAAAAGGUUUUCUUCCAUUCCGGCCGGUUUGAUACUUUUUGUUUUAAUUUCUCCAACUUUAAUUUGUUUUUGAUUUCCUGUUGUUGUCCUAUAUAUACUGCAAUUUGAGAAUUUAUACUUCUCAUUGAGUUUUCACUUUAGAACUUGUGCCACUUUUUUGUACUAAUAUAAUUGAUACAUACGGAGUAUCA